CCGUGCGAGCUCCCGCCCUCGCAGCUCUCCUCGCCGGCCGGCGGUCUCCGCGACCGUGCUCGGCUCGCGCGGCCCACGACCGCGCCCGGGCCUCGGCCCGCUAGGGCGCCCGCGCGGAUCGGCCAGGCCUCGCAGGCGAUGGCGGCCGCGGCGGCGCUCUCGGGCGCGGGCGCCCCACCCGCGGGCGGCGGGGCCGGGGGCGGCGGAUCCCCGCCGGGCGGCUGGGCCGUGGCGCGGCUCGAAGGCCGCGAGUUCGAGUACCUCAUGAAGAAGCGUUCGGUGACCAUCGGGCGCAACUCGUCGCAGGGCUCGGUGGAUGUGAGCAUGGGCCAUUCGAGCUUCAUCUCGCGGCGCCACCUGGAGAUCUUCACGCCCCCGGGCGGCGGCCAUAGCUCGGCCACCCCGGAACCCGCGCAGCCCCGGCCGGACGCGGGCGGCGACUUCUACCUGCGCUGUCUCGGCAAGAACGGCGUGUUCGUGGACGGGGUGUUCCAGCGGCGGGGGGCGCCGCCGCUGCAGCUGCCGCGCGUGUGCACUUUCAGGUUUCCGAGCACAAAUAUCAAGAUAACGUUCACAGCCCUAUCCAGUGAGAAAAGAGAGCAGCCGGAAGCGCCCGAGUCGCCCGUGAAGCCCGUGCAGCCACACAUCUCCCCCCUGACCAUCAACAUUCCAGACACGAUGGCCCACCUCAUCAGCCCCCUCCCCUCCCCCACAGGAACCAUCAGUGCUGCAAACUCCUGCCCAUCCAGUCCUCGGGGAGCGGGAUCUUCAGGGUACAAAAUGGGCCGUGUGAUACCAUCUGACCUCAAUUUAAUGGCUGACAAUUCACAGCCAGAAAAUGAAAAGGAAACUUCAGGUGGAGACAGCCCAAAGGAUGACUCAAAACCACCUUAUUCCUAUGCACAGUUGAUAGUACAAGCAAUUACGAUGGCUCCUGAUAAACAACUUACCCUAAAUGGGAUUUAUACACACAUCACUAAAAACUAUCCAUACUACAGGACUGCGGACAAGGGCUGGCAGAAUUCAAUUCGCCACAAUCUCUCUCUGAACCGUUAUUUCAUCAAAGUGCCACGUUCCCAGGAAGAACCAGGCAAAGGCUCCUUCUGGAGGAUAGACCCUGCCUCCGAGAGCAAGCUGGUAGAGCAGGCUUUUAGGAAAAGACGGCCCAGGGGCGUGCCUUGCUUUAGAACCCCCCUGGGACCUCUCUCCUCUAGGAGUGCCCCAGCUUCUCCCAACCAUGCCGGAGUGCUGUCUGCUCACUCGAGCGGUGCCCAGACCCCCGAGAGCCUGUCGAGGGAGGGCUCCCCAGCCCCCUUGGAGCCUGAGCCUGGCGCCUCCCAGCCCAAGCUUGCUGUCAUCCAGGAGGCGAGGUUUGCCCAGAGUGCACCAGGGUCACCUCUCUCUAGUCAGCCCGUCUUAAUUACUGUCCAGCGGCAGCUACCCCCGGCCAUUAAGCCUGUCACCUACACUGUUGCAACCCCAGUGACCACACCCACCUCUCAGCCACCUGUUGUGCAGACGGUACAUGUUGUCCAUCAGAUACCAGCAGUCUCAGUCACCAGUGUGGCUGGACAAGCUGUGGUCACUCAGGCUGCGGUGCUGGCUCCUCCUAAGGCUGAACCACAAGAGAAUGGCGACCACAGAGAAGUCAGAGUGAAAGUAGAGCCUGUCCCUGCAAUCAGCCCAGCCACACUAGGUGCUGCUGGCCGAGUCAUCCAGGCGUCACAGGCCACCCCUGUUCAGACAGUGACCAUCGUGCAGCAGACACCUUUAGGUCAACACCAGCUUCCAAUAAAAACUGUAACGCAAAACGGAACUCACGUGGUACCAAUGCCUGCAGCAGUGCACGGCCCGGUGAACAACGUGGCAAGUCCUCUCCAUAUGCUGGCCACCCACGCCUCAGCAUCGGCAUCCCUGCCCACCAAGCGCCAGAACGCAGAGCAGGCGGAGCAGCCGGAGCUCAAGCGAGUUAAAGCAGAGGACGGCGAGAGCAUUGUCAUCGCCCUGAGCGUGGACGCGCCACCAGCAGCCGUGAGGGAGAAGGCGCUGCAGAACUAGCUGGAGAGACUUUUCCUCAGACAUCAACUUUGUGGUGCCAAAAGGAGACGCUGCCUCUCACUGAAGCAGGGGCAGGCCUCGGUGGGUAAAGGGCCCUGCGGUCGGACUUCACCUCAGCACUGAAACCACGAACCCGGGUGGCCUUAAAACUCCUUAAUUUAAAGACAUCGUACACUUGAAACACCCACAGCAGCAACCCUGGCUCCAGAGGUGGUGUCUGUCUCCACAGCACUCGCUGGGCUGCCGUCUGUGGGCUCAGCUUUUACUACAAGCAAGAACUCCAGGUCCCAAAGGACUGAGUCUCCUGUGAGGACGCAGCACCUGCUACAAGUGGAUCUCGCUGGCUUUCCUUUAGGGGACAGAGCCACAGCCAUCUGCUGCCCUCGUAGGACCCGCUGGCUGUGGCUGAGAGACAAGACAGUAUUUUGUUGUCCACAUGUGGAAUUAGAAUACUUGGGGAUGUCCUUUCUUUACUAAAUAAUGGGGUCUUUGACAUUUCAUAUCACUCCAUUUCUACUCUGGAAAUUUGAGAUUCAUUUGGGGGAAAGAGCGCCAUUCUGUUUGUUUCUGUGGUUUGAUUUUAGCCAGUGGGAUGGUUUGCGCUAGUCUGUCCUGCCUGUGUUUGGGUGGCUUUCCCUUAGGACACCUUCCCGCCCACAUCCGUUCAGAGCAGUUACCUGAUGAAUUUGACCUCCCUUGUGCCAUUGUAGAGGGUGGGUGGGCUGAGGCUGCAUGGACCCAUGAGGCCCGGGGGCAUCAGGACAAGAGGCCCUGGGAGCCUUCUAGCCUUCAGGCUGCACGCACCUGCUCUAACUUGCGGGUUUUGUUGUUUGUUUCUUUAUGUAGACUUUGUCCUUGGCGUAAUUUCCCACUCUAGUAAAACAAGUCUCCUACAUAUUGUGUAUGCUUAAAGCAACAGAUCCAUCCCUUCCUCCCUCCUUGGGAAACACAUCCAGCCCUCUGUCACACCUUUUCAGACCAAGGUCAUAAAUCUCUCCCAGAACCUAGGGAAUCGUAGGAGUCAGCCCUGGCUUCUGAUUGGUCAUCUGCAUAGCACACUCACAGCAAGAGCUGUUGGAGAGAUGUUUCCAGUUCAUUUGAGGGUCUUGGGAGUGAGACCCUGUGGCCAAGUACCAAGCAUCCAGGCCAUUUUCUGAUUCUCAAGAGGUUUCUCUGGCUUUUCAGAGUGAAGUCCCACACUAAUCCUGACUUAGGUUGUAGAGUAACAGAAGGGUGAGGAGAGGUGGGAGGCAGCCCAGCAGCCCAGCCCACACUCAGGAUCGCCGCUUGCCUCGCCAGAGCAUCUGGCCGGAGCUGAGCACCGGCAGAGGGCGUUAGCCUCAGUGGGAGUUUUUCCUAAUGUCAUCAUCAUAACGUUAUUUAUUUAAAUGUAGUUAUUUUGGUAUUUAAUUUUUUUUAAGAGAGGGGGGGGAAACCCUGUAUUUUCCUGGUAGAAUGAAAUGGCUCAGAAUGGUAUAUUUAGGCAAUUUAAAACGUUAUUUACAUAAAGACCAAAUAUGAUGAGUCUGUUCUAAGCAUUGCUUCACCCACUGUACGGAGCUGUCACGAUGUUACUGCAGAUGAUGCGUGUUGACAUGGAGUUACUGCACACAAGCUGGAUUUAUAUAACUCAGCCACUUAAACAAUAAAGGUGAGACAUGAUUGAGUGAGAGCGUGUCCCACGGCAGUCUGCCUUUGGACUCCAGCCCCUCCGGGCAGCAGUCCGCCUCCAUCGCUUUGCAGGUGACCUCGGAAUGUCUCUCUCUUAAGGUUUGCCAUUUGCAGAGGACUUUAAGGCACGUGGGUUGUGUUGUGCCCAGCAUGUGCAUCUAGACUGUGGGCCUCAGCUAAUGUGGUACGCUGGCAGGAGGUCCCCCUCGUCAACAGUGGGCUCAGGUACCACCAGGGGACAUAGUGGAGACAUGUGUAGCAUGCUUGUUCUCUAUGUGAGUGAGGUCUGCAGACCCGUUACCUCUGAGCCCCAAACAGACCUUAUGGGUCUGCAGGGGGCUCUUUUGGGGAUCAUAGAAAACAUUUAAAGAUGGAAGGAGGAUUUUCUUUUUCUUUAAGGCCACCUUCUCAGUCUCAAGUGAGUGAAGUGUGCCGAGAGGCACGCACUCUCCUUUCUUGUUGCUGCUGUAUCGGCCUUGCUGCUGCUCUGCUGCAUAGGAAUGUCAGGCUGCUGAGGAGGGCGGAAGCUGAGCGGAGAUGAACCGAGGACUAAGCCCAGGCUCCCUCCAGUGUUUAAGACACUGCUCUAGUUUCGUGUUCAUCUGAGUUCCUAGAAGCCCCUCCACACACAAGAGCUAGCCUUGCCUGCUUUAGCCCUCGACAGAUGUCUAAUGUAGGGACACAUGGUCCCCACACAAGUGGCUUGCAGCAGUUCCCAGGUCCACUGCGGCACCGAGUCUCUCUUCGACCUUUACCAAACUUCCAAGCUCCCUCAGGGACUAGAUAACUCGAGCAGCGUUGGCUUAAAACCGCACAGAACACAAAGGGAAGCUCACCUGGGUCCUGGGUCCAGCGCAUUCCAGAACGUGUGUGGCUAACUUUGUACAGCUAUUCCCCACACUGCAGAAUGUGUUCACAGACAGCAGCUGGUCUCCAUAGAUACCCCACCCCACUUCCUGGUCCCCUGGGGGGGGGUCACAGAGUAGCUGUAGUAGUGCAGAAGGGGUUGGGGAGCAUCAGGACUUGGAUUUUCUGUGCUAUGUGGUACAAGGAGAGAAGUGACAAUCGUGAAGUCCGAGCAUCUGCAGUUCAGGAGUAAGCAGAGUGCUGAUCUGUGUGCAAAGAUUUGAAAUUUUUAAAAAGUACCAAGUUCCUGAAAUUCAAUAAAAUAUUUUUAUUAAUUUUAA